AUGGGUGCACUGCAUCUUCACGUUGAUGGGAAGUCCUUUCGCGAUCCUCAAAAUCGGGAGAUAAUUCUGAGAGGCAUCAACGUCGCCGGCGACGCCAAAUACCCUAAGUCUCCUGAUAUCCCCUCCUUCGUGUCUGACAAGUUCUUCGAUGCGGACGACGUUUCGUUUGUGGGACGACCGUUUUCCUUAGAGGAUGCACACUCGCAUUUUGAAAGGCUACGUAAGUGGGGCUAUAAUGCGAUCCGAUACAUCUUCACCUGGGAGGCUAUCGAGCAUGCGGGACCCGGCAUAUACGAUCAGGAAUGGAUCGCAUUUACCAUCGAGAUUCUUAGAAUAGCCAAGCAGUAUGAGUUCUAUGUGUUCAUGGAUCCGCAUCAGGAUAUUUGGUCACGAUUGUCCGGAGGUUCCGGAGCCCCAAUGUGGACGCUCUACGCUGCAGGGCUGAACCCCAAGGCUUUCAAGAACACCGAAGCAGCCCUUGUUCAAAACACCUAUGAUGAUCCAUCUCAGUUUCCGAAAAUGGUUUGGAGUACCAACUACACUCGUCUUGUCUGUCAGACCAUGUUCACACUGUUCUGGGCAGGACGAGACUUUGCACCAAAAGCUGUCAUCGAUGGCGUGAACAUCCAGGAUUAUUUGCAGAACCACUUCAUUGCGGCUUGUAGGUAUCUGGCUCAGAGGAUUCAUGAAGCUGGUGAUCUGGAACAUGACGUGAUCAUUGGCUGGGAAAGCAUGAAUGAGCCUCACCGUGGCCUCCUGGGUUUUCAGGAUAUAUCUGUCAUCCCACCCGAACAGCAGCUUCAACUUGGAACAUCUCCAACUGCUUUCCAGGCUAUUCUCACAGGCUCUGGCCGCGCUUGUGAAGUUACAACAUGGGCAUUUGGUGGCUUUGGUCCGCACCAAACUGGUUCGAAGCUUGUCGACCCUAUGGGUGAAAGUGCCUGGCUGCCAGCCGAUCAUGAUGACACUAAAUAUGGCUGGAAACGUGAUGCCUGUUGGAAACUAGGUGAAUGUAUUUGGGCUCAGCAUGGAGUUUGGGAUCCGAAGACGGAUAUGCUGUUGCAGAAGGACUAUUUCUCAAAGGUUCCCCAGACAGGUGCCAAACUAAAUUAUGAGGUAUUUACCAACACUUACUUCAUGGACCACUACCGAGCAUACCGAGAUGCCAUUCGAGGUGUUUGGCCAAAGGCCAUCCUGCUAUGUCAGCCGCCUGUUAUGGAGGUGCCCCCAGACCUGAAGGGAACGCUCGAUGAUGAUCCCAACAUGGUCCAUGCGGUCCAUUACUACGACGGUUUGACCCUUUUGACCAAGCAUUGGAAUCGGCUUUACAACGUUGACGUCAUGGGGGUCCUUCGAGGCAAGUACUGGGCGCCAGCCUUUGCAGUCAAGAUUGGCGAGACAGCCAUUCGAAAUUGUCUGCGCGACCAACUCAAAUUCCUUCGAGAUGAGAGUUUGAACUACAUGGGAAAUCAUCCUCUCCUCUUCACUGAAAUUGGCAUUCCAUACGACAUGGAUGACAAGCACGCCUACCAGACGGGCGAUUACAGCAGCCAAACAAGCGCCAUGGAUGCCAACCACUUUGCCUUGGAGGGUAGUACAUCCAAUGGAUUCACUUUGUGGGUUUAUGAAACCGAGAACAAUCAUGAAUGGGGAGACCAGUGGAAUGGGGAAGACCUGUCCAUUCUUUCCCAUGACGAUUUAGAAUUGCCAUUUGGUGGGACCCUUCACUCAAUCGAUCGCCAGUCUCCAGCCUACUCUGAAAGCCACAGUAGCGCAGAGGAAUCACAAGUUGAGCCACGUAAUCUGAAGCAGGCACUUGUAUCUCCUUCAAUAUCCAGUGACUCCUCUCCACCACCAAAAGGCUACCGUGCUGCACAGGCAUACAUUCGGCCGAGUCCUAUUUACGUCAAUGGGAACCUCAAAAGCCAUGUGUUUGAUCUCCGAAAUUGCACAUUUACCAUGAGUUUGACCGCAAAUAUGGCUACUGCCACUGACGCGCCAACUGAGAUAUAUCUGCCCGAAUUCCAUUUUCCUGAAAGUCACACCGCCGUUGCUGUCAGUGGAGGCAAAUGGGAACUUGACUAUCAAGAGAUUCGGUCAAUCAAGGUCCAGCGUCUGCGAUGGUGGCAUGCUGAAGGCGAACAAGAUAUCAAGAUUGAAGGGGUCAAGCGCCAACCAGGCGAGUUUAAUAGCACCUCUGAUGACAUGACCUACCUGGAACAAUGCCAGCGAGGCCAAUGUACGAUAAUGUGA